AUGGGUGUGCAGGGUCUGACCACUUACGUGGAGGGGAACAGAAACUUCUUCCAGGAUGUGAAGUUUAGAGACAGUCGCUUGGUUAUCGACGGCUGCAGUCUGUAUUUUCGGCUCUACUUCAGCCACGGCUUGGAUCAGCAACACGGAGGGGACUAUGACGCCUUCUUCUAUCUGCUCUCUCAGUUCCUUUCUGCUUUGGCAGCUUGCAGUAUCCUACCCUUCGUGGUGCUGGAUGGAGGUAUGGACCCGAGUGACAAGAAGUUCUCCACUCUGCGGCAGCGUCUCCAAUCCAAGAUUAGGGAUGCAGAGUCUCUCUCCCAUGGACGCCAUGGCUCUCUUCUCCCCAUCCUCACACGAGAGGUCUUCACUCAGAUCCUUUCUGAAAAAGGCAUUCCUUUUGUCCAGUGUCCAGCUGAGGCUGACUGGGAGAUUGCAUGUUUGGCUCGCCAGUGGAACUGCCCUGUUCUGUCAAAUGACAGUGAUUUUUAUAUCUUUGACCUUCCAGGAGGCUACCUACCAUUGAGCUUCUUCAAUUGGACCAACCUAAAUGGUAAAGCCCCUCAUCAAUACAUUACAGCUCGGCGUUACACCACUAACCAGUUGUGUUGGUUAUUCGGGGGCAUGAAUCGUGAACUGCUUCCGCUGUGUGCUGUGCUCUCUGGUAAUGACUAUGGCAGACCGAAUGGAGUGGACACACUCCUUGCUCUGUUAGACCUGGCUGGGCCAGGGGGAGGUGGUUGGAAGGGAACGAGAAAGGCACCCCUUUCUCGUAUUGAGGGCAUCCUCCUCUGGCUCUCCUCUUUCACAGGCCCACAUGAAGCAGUGGAGGAAGUAGCUAGGCUGAUGGGGGAGUCAGAGACUGAUAGAGGUAGAAGGGGCAAAAGAAUAGAGGAGGGUAAGCUGAGUUCCCAACUGUGGAACGGUAUGCAAGAAUAUCACAUUGCAACCCAAAGCUCUCUCUCUCACUGGUUCUCUGGAGGGAAGGUAGCUCCAGGAAAUCAGAGACUCGAGUAUGCCCAGGUGCCGGAAUGCCUUUUCUUGGCUGUGGCACAGGGCACGUUACCCCCACUAGUGUUGGAUGUGGUGGUAUUGCGCAGGGUCUUGCUCAUCCCACAGGUAGAGAACAGCAAGUUAGCUAGCAGCCACUGUAGCGCCAGAGCCAUACGCCAGGCCAUAUAUGGGAUUUUACUUCAGAAAGGUGGGCUAGGGCAAGACACCCAAAUUCACGGGAUUGGUGGAAGUGCUAGUGCUCAACAUGCUAAAAUACCAGGACGUAAUGUCCAAGUACAGGAUGUAAGAGGACAAGAAAAUAUGGGCCAGGGUAAGAGAGGUAGGAGAGGGCAUGGGGGUAGUCAGACUGGAAUAGGAAGGGGUCAUGACCCAAGUUUGCCCACACAGCAGGGCCUAAUUAUGCCACAAACCAGCAAUAGACAAGGGACUGGUGCAGGAGCAUUGCAGGCUGAGAGCUCUAGUGCCCCCAAUUGUGUGGAGGAGUAUGACCGGCUGGAUCUAAACCUGAAGAGGAACCAGGUGGAGGCAUAUUCACUUGGGACCACCCUCUGUCCAGAUACAAUUGGCCAGGCUCCUCUGGCAGUGCGACUAUGCACCCUGUUAGACAUCUUAGGGGUGAAGAAGCCUUAUUUGGCUCCUAUUCCCCCUCAUCUCCAGCUGGCUGUUGGGGUGACGUGCUUCUGGAUGAAAGAGGCCAGUCCUCCUCCCUCUCUGCCCCAGCUCCAGGCUCUUUCACUGGGUAUAGUCUAUGGAGAGCUGUCCUGGAAAAACCAGUCUGGAGUGCGACAGCCAAAAUGGGCUGCAGAGCACAGUGUGUGGUUGGGGCUGAAUCAAGUUCGUCUGACAACAAGGAAGAGGAGGGGCAUGGAUGUGGCAGAUGCUCACAGUUUCAGCCAAUGGCAGGCCUGCCUCUGGAGCACACUUUGUCUCAAUCAGCUCUUAAUGCUGCCCCUGCCUGAACCAUACACAUCAUGGUUGUUCAGUGGCUCCUUGGUACACGGCCUUCUGAGAUCUUUGAGAGGGGGAAGAACCCCAGAAUCCUUCCUGGUAGGGGGCACCCUCUCUCAACAGCUCUACUGUGCCCUGCUGGACGCUGUGAAGAUUAACAACUCCGACACACCCCGCUCUUCUUCAGCAUCAGGGGGGAGGAAGAGAUCGGGCCACAGGGGGAGAAGAAGGGGAGGUGGAGGUAGAGGAGGAGGUGGGAGAGGGGAUAGGGGGUCUGAGGAGUUAAACAACAAGUUUGCACUGCUGCUGAAUGAGUAG